UUAACAAGGAAACAAAAACUGCUACAAGAAGACAGAAGACUUCAUUUCACACUUCUCUUCAACUUUCACUUUCCCUUCUGUUUUCUCUUGCCUUAUAUUUUCUUAUCUUACCACCAAACACACUCUCCAUUUCUUCUGUGUUCUCUCUCCAUCUCCAUUUAGAUUCUUAAUUAUCUUUCCUUUGGUUUCUCUCUUUAGAAUUUUCAGAUCAGAGCAAAAAUGGCAAAGCCGCAAAGACCACCAUCUGGCCGUACAAAUCUCGCUUCUUGUAUAGUUGCUACAAUUUUCUUAAUCUUUGUCAUUAUCAUUAUUCUUAUAGUCUUCUUCACCGUUUUCAAGCCUAAAGAUCCCAAAAUCUCCGUCAACGCCGUUCAGCUACCUUCUUUCUCCGUUUCAAACAACACUGUCAACUUUACCUUCUCCCAGUACGUCUCCGUCAAGAACCCUAACAAAGCUUCCUUCUCUCACUAUGACAGUACCCUUCAGCUCCUCUACUCUGGUUCCCAAGUUGGUUUCAUGUUCAUUCCCGCUGGCAAGAUCGAUGCCGGUCGGACCCAAUACAUGGCCGCAACUUUUGCUGUUCAAUCCUUCCCGUUGUCCUCAUCACCGGAUGCGGCGGUGAAUGUGGGUCCGACAUUCGCGGGCGGUGUGUUACCUGGCGGUUAUCCCAGUGUUAAUGGUGGAUACAGAGUAGGACCCACGAUGGAGAUUGAAUCCAGGAUUCAUAUGGCGGGUCGGGUUCGGGUGCUGCACAUUUUCACGCAUCAUGUGGAAGCUAAGGCUGGGUGCAGAGUCGCCAUUGCUGUGAGUGACGGAUCUGUAUUAGGGUUUCAUUGCUAGUAAUUCAUUUUUUGUUUUUGUGUUUUAGAUCUUAUCAGAGUAGCCAUUUUAGGUUUUUGGAUGUUGAAGUAGCAAGCAUAUCCAAUUUGUGGAAGUAAGUGUAAAAAUUGAAUUUUCUCGGUAGACUUUUGAUCUGCAUUUUCAAAUAUUUGAGCUUUUGUAAUUAACCUAGUUCAGUUCGUUCCCAAGCUUGAAUUUUUUUAUCAUUUUGGGCUGGUGGGGAUUGAAUUUUAAGUAUCAUUAAUGAUGAGGCUUAUAUUUUAUUUA